AUGGAGAAAGGUCGGACAAGAUGCAGAGAGAAGGAGAAACUGGAGACGCUGCCCCAAGAGGAGCUGGAGAGAGCCCUGUCUCAAGACAGCUACAUCACUUACUUCAGUAUCCAAGCUGUGGCUCAGGCCUUAAAGGCCACAUAUUCAGCCAGAUCAAAAUCCAUGUUGACGCUGCACUCUUUCCUAAGAGAGGUCCAGUUUCUGAAUACUUCCAUGGGGAGCCUGUAUUUGGAUGAGAAUGGGGAGCUGCCAGCCAAGUAUGAUAUUGAGAAUUGGGUGAUGUUUCCCAAUAAGUCUCGUGUUAGAGUGAAAAUUGGGAGCUUCAUUUUCGGAAUCUUCAUUAAAUAUAAAGAAACCCCAAUAGUCAAAGCCAACAACAGGGACCUGUCAUACAUCCUCCUCAUCUCCCUCCUGCUUUCUUUUUUGUCCUCCUUCCUGUUCAUCGGCCGGCCAAGGAAAGUGACCUGCCUUAUCCAACAAACAGCCUUCAGCAUCAUAUUUUCCUUUGCUGUCUCUUCUGUGUUGGCCAAAACCAUCACUGUGGUGCUGGCCUUCCUGGCCACAAAGCCAGGGAACAAGGUGAGGAGAUGGCUGGGGAAGAGUCUGGCCAACUCCAUUGUCAUUUCCUGCUCCAGUGUCCAAGUUGUCAUCUGCACCAUCUGGCUGGGCAUCUCUCCCCCAUUCCCAGAGUCUGACAUGCACUCCCAGCUUGGAGAGAUAAUCUUGAAAUGUAAUGAAGGAACUGUUGCCAUGUUUUAUGCCUCCCUCAGCUACAUGGGCUUCCUGGCUGCCAUCUGCUUUAUAGUGGCUUUUCUAGCCAGGAAACUGCCUGGGUCCUUCAAUGAAGCCAAGCUGAUCACCUUCAGCAUGCUGUUGUAA